AAUGUAUUUCUUUAGAAGUAUUUUUAAUUUUUUCUCCUAACUUUUUAAGAAGGAAAUUGUGUAAAGUUACUUUGGCUGUACAUAAAGAACCUGGCAUGCCAUAGAAGGCAAAGGGAGAAUCAUACUUAUUGGUUGUUUUAUGUAGUUGAGUUUAUUAUUUUUUGGCAAAGCAACAGUUAAUUUUCUAGAGAAAGGUUUAAUAACAUGA